CAGUCGUCAGAAUUGAGAUAUACGCAAAACACCCAACUGGAGCAACUCCAUGCUAGAUAUACGGGAACAGGGCACGCAGAUACCACAAAAUAUGAAUGGCUCACCCACCAACAUCGUGAUACGCUGUCAUCUAUUGUUGGCCAUCCCUCUCUACUUGCUUACGUGGCUAUAGCCGACGGAGAAUGUCAAGCGAGGGAAAGGUUUGAGCUGAUAGAGCGGAUGCUUCAACCUUGUGGCAGACCUCCAGGCAAAACAGAUGACUAG